GAGUCCAAAUUUUCUGAAGAGACUUUAUGAUGAACAGAUUUAAUUUAGCUUCAUAAAAUUGAGUUUAAGCCACUAAAGUCACAUGGAGUACUUUAAUGAUGUCUUUUUCCUACCUUUCUUGACCUUGGAGUGGUAGUUGUGUUGGAUCUCUAUGAUGAGACAGAAACCUCUCAGACUUCAUCAAAAAGAUCUUAAUUUGUGUUCUGAAGAUGAACGAAAGUCUUAUGAAUGUGGAAUGACACAAGGGUAAUUAAUGACAGAAUUUUUAUUUUUGUGAGAACUAACACUUUAACAAUGAGACCAGGCUGCAAAUUGAAGUUCUUCGGGAAUGACUGGAAUCCCUUGUGGUUGCUCUUUUUUCUUUUUUUUUUUUUUGAGACUCAGUUUUAGGUCUCACAGGAGGAGGCAAUCGUAACAAUAAAAACACUUAUUUUAUUGGUUACAAUACAAAGCAGUUAAUGCAAAAAAUAAAACUUAAGCUAAAAGCUCUAUAAUCAAACUCUAAAGCACUCUUCUUCUUCUUCACUGUAGUCUUCGUCUGUCUCAUCUCCGCUUGGGGUUUAACACCUUCUCUUCACCCCUAUGUACUGUACCUUCUUGUUAACCUUUGUGGUUGGUUACAAAGCAUUACAUUCAGGAACCUAAUUUACACAAAUUUUACUCUCUCUCAUUCUGUUUCUAUAACAAACAAAGGAAGUCAAGUACACUCAUAUCCUUUUAAAUAUUACAUGUACCUUCAAAGCAAUAUUCGGGCAUCUUUAUACUCAAACAUAUGACAUUAACUUAAAAGCAAGCAAAAUAAUAUUUCUUUGAAACAGGAAAAUAACAAUAUUAAUAUCCAAAACACUCCCUGGACAUUUACAUUUAGAGAACAUAUUGAAAUGUUAUGUUCCCUUCGAUGUAUUCCUUAAAUUUUCUUUAAUUAGUCUUAAAAAGGUCUUAAAUUUACCAUCAUAAAACCUGCAGAAACCCUGUUGGUAGAUUGUGCUGGUUAUAAUAGAAAUGAGCUAAUUUCACACUAAUUUGCCCUGUUUAGUAUGAAGUCUGAAAGUCUGUUUAGCCUGAGUUUAGUGCCACACAAUUUAUAAUUUCCCUCCUGUCCUAUGUCAGUCCUAGUUCUUUCAGUAUCUUGCAUAAAUGUAAAAAAUUCUUCUGUUUUUUAAUUUUAUGCAGACAGAGAUUUUAGAGGGAGAUAAGAGAGUUUUAAAGUUAGUUUCUGGCAGGCUCCAAAGGCCAUGUCCUCUCUUCAUGUAUUGAUUUCCCCCAUCUCACUGAUGCCUGUGCCCGGUUUAAACUCAUGCAUUAAUAAGUGCAAACUCAUCAGCAAUCAUCUUUGCCCUCCUGCACUCAGAAUUAUGAUGGGGAAAGUUUUUCAUGCUAUCAGUGAUUGGAAUAUCUUCCUUUAACCCCUUCAGACCUGAAUUAUGUUCCACUGAGCAAAAAAAAAAUAAUUAUCCACUUGAUAUUUGCUCUUCUUUAAUGUAUAAAUGAGUCUAAAAAAAGAGAGGAGCAACAAAAAAUGAGUCAUAUUUUAACCAUACAGUUCUUAUGAGCUAGAGUUCAAACACAAUAUGUGAACUAUAGCAUUGAAGAUUUUGAAAAUAACACAUACUGUAAUAAAGAGCAAUGCAAUAAGAAUGUAGAGAAAAUGUAAGAUGAUAAGAUGAAUUCUCAAAAAACUUAUUUUAUUAUUUUUGUUGUUUGCAGUGAGUGAAUAUGUGUGUGUGUUUGUGGGUGUGUUUGUGUGUACUUGCUGGUUUUGAUAAAUAUAUUAGUGUGUGUGUGUGUGUGUGUGUGUGUGUGUGCGCGCGUUUUUGUGAUUUAUGAGGACACAAAUUUGUAUAAUGACAUGGGUAUUACACUGGUAUUACGACGUAAACAUGUUUUAUGAGGACAUUUCAUGAGUCCUCAUAUUUAAAAUAGCUUUAAAAACAUACUAAACAAUGUUUUAUUAAAAAUGCAGACAUUUUUCUGUGAUGGGUAGGUUUUGGGGUAGGGGCAGUGUAGGGGGAUAGAAUAUACAGUUUGUACAGUAUAAAAACCAUUACAUCUAUGGAAUGUCCUCACUAAGAUAGCAAAACAAACCUGUGUGUGCGUGUGUGUGUGUGUGUGCACUCAUUUCACAUUCGCCGUUUCUGUUUUUCACUAAAACUAAUGAAAAACUGAAUGACAGUUUAUGAUCACAUUAAAAACAUAAAAUCAGAUUAAAAAAAAUAUGAAUUAUUAAUUUUAUUAAGAUCUAAUGUCCAUUGUCAUGGACAUCAAACUUCAAAAAAUCCUUUGUUCUUCAUCUCUGAAAGAUCUUCAAAUUAACUCUGAAUAUUAUCACUUGAUACUAUUAAGAUGAUAAUAGGUGCAAGUUGAUGAACUACCAUGAACAUAAAUCUGCAUAUAAAAGAUAAAAAAGGAGCUCUUCCUCCUGUCUAGUUGGUUAGCCAUGCCUGUCAUUUGUGAUGCCUGAAGCUCAAUCAUAUUAAGCUAUGAGUCAUACUUUCAUUGUGAUUGGUAGAUCAGGCACCAAUCAGUGACCAGGCAGUACUUAUAUUAUAAAAACAUGAAAUCUUAUUGGUUUAAACCAAAAUAAAACAUACUUAAAACAUACUUUUUUUUUCUCAGGCAUAUGCUUAAUUUGAUAAUAAUUUUUGCUUUAAAUUUUGUUUUAUUUUGCAUGAUGUUUUGUCUUAAUUUUAUUAAUUUUGUUUUGUUUUCUUUUGAUAUAUUUUAUUAGUAUUUAAAUUGUAUUGUAUGAGGAUAUGUUUUGUCUUGUAUGUUGUGCAGCACUUUGGUCAGCAUUUAUGUUGUUUUGAAGGGCUAAAUAAAUAAACUUGACCUUGACCAAAAUCCAUGUGAUGUCCAUUCCAAUGGAUGCAGAGUCUGAAGCAUUUCUGAUUCUGAUGCACUAUUCUCAUAUUAGUAAAAACUACGGCUUACAUGAUAUGCUGAUUAAUCAAUCAAAAAAUCUAUAUUUUCUGGAAAAAAAAACUCAAUUUAUCAUUCAAAAACAUUAAAUAAUUGUUGCAGAUGUGUAAAAUAAUAAAUAGAAUUAAAUUACAAAACAGUGGUUUUAAAGAUCAAUGUAUUGUUUCCCCAUAUCAUUCAAUCAAAAUAUAUUGCAUAUAUAGUGCAUUUCACAAGUGAGUCCGUAGACUUCAGCAUCUCAUGUAUGAAUAUCACAUUUUUAAGAUGCUGUGUCAAAUUUAAAAUAUUCAAUGUUCACUUUGCUCCUCACUUUGAAUGGGCACGAAGCUUCUGGUUUCAUGCUUGGGCAGCUGAUGAGGAAAGAGAGCUGCAAACGCUACAGAUAGGCACAGUCAAGAUUUUCACAUAAUUUUUACACACGGAAGAGCCAUAAAAUAGUCAUAAUGCCCUUCCGAGCGAACACUUAAGAACAUGUUGAGUAAAGUAGACUGAGGCAGUAAUGUCAUGAUUCAUUAUAUGGAUGUUUUAAUAGAUGUUGUACAGUAGAUGCUGAGGAUAGACGUUAUUAGGCAAGUUUAAUUUUAGAUGGACUAGCCAGUCCACCCAUGAUGAAUGUGGCGUACAAAGUGGCAUAUCAAAUGAUUGCAUUUUAGUCUGUAUGUCUGUGUUUACUUUUAUUUAUUUACUUACCAUACUUUUAAUUAUAUAUUUAUUUAAAUCUUACUAUAUUUGUAAUUAUGUUAGGUUUUACUUAAGGUGUCUCCACUUUAGACAAACCUUAACUACUUCACCAUAACUAUCAAACAUUAUUAUAUGGUGCUUUGGAAAACUUGAUUUUGAAUGGUCAUUCACAGCAUUCUGUUUCUGUGGUCAGGUAUUCUUGUGUAAUAUCCACUAAACUCUCAGUUUCUCACUAAAUGGCCUUAGGCAACCAAUUUUGCUAUAUAUCUGUACUAGCAUCAUGUAUCUCGUAUUACUGUGUGGUCUCUAUCUUCUCACAUACGAAAGUCAAUAUUUCAUUUUAUUUAUUUAUUUAUUUAUUUGGCAAGUAGCCAUGUAAUAAGUGGGAUAAUGUACAGUCAUCCUGUCAUUAUCACAAAACAAACCUCCUUUUAUACCACAAAGAUACAACACCUCUCUUGUAUGUCCAGGUAUAUUGUGAUUUAAAUUCUGUAUUUUUGUGUCAUGUAAGUAAAUGAAUGCUUCACCAGUUCAGCUGCUUCUAAACAUACUCAAAUUAUGGCUGGCUCAUCAUUGUGCAUUAUUGCUAGAGAGAUGGAGAGAGAAGAGGGAGUGUCUGUGUCUUGAGUUCAGACUCUUUCGGUAUCCAUACGGAAUAUAAUGUCUGAGGAGGACCAUGACACACUAGUCCAUGGAGACCAAAGCCACAGGAGGUUUCCGCCGUACAGUUGAUGUUGUUGUGGAGGAAUUUCUAACACUGUGACUUUAAUCUGCAUUUAUUUUAAAAGGACGUUAUUUGAAAGGAUCCGUAGUGCAGGCUUUACUGUACAAUUUACAUUUGUGGUUUGUUUACAGCUUAAUGCAUCAGUGAUUACCUGCGAGUCUACAGGAAUUCAGAAUUGUUCCAGGAAUGGAGUCUUUAAGGACUUGUUGCUGCAAAGUAGUUUAAAGAAACAUUGAUCAAACAAGAUGAGUUGCUUUUUUUCUAAAAUCGUUCAAAUGGAAUCUAGCAUAACCUCUUGACCUUGUCCUUAAAUUUUCUUAAAGUAAUCGCAUAGCUACUCGCAGCUAGCACUCGUUGCAAUGGUUAUUCAGGGCAUGGAGCUGUUUGCAGUUGCUGUAGUGCUUCUUAUGUUUAUAAUGGUACUCAAACAGUUUGGUAUCAUGGAGCCACUGCUGGACGACAGCGUUGACAGUGAUCUGGAGUUGUCUAUGGUACGACAUCAGCCAGAGGGCCUGGAGCAGCUCCAGGCUCAGACCAAGUUCACGAGGAAGGAGCUGCAGUCGCUCUACAGAGGCUUCAAAAAUGAGUGUCCCAGCGGAUUGGUGGAUGAGGAGACAUUUAAAUUGAUCUAUUCCCAGUUCUUCCCUCAAGGAGAUGCUACGACAUACGCACAUUUCCUCUUCAAUGCUUUUGACAUGGACCGAAGUGGCUCUAUACGUUUUGAGGACUUUGUAAUCGGCCUGUCUGUUCUGCUUCGAGGUACUGUGACAGAGAAACUGAGGUGGGCCUUUAACCUCUAUGACAUUAAUAAAGAUGGCUACAUCACCAAAGAGGAAAUGCUGGCUAUCAUGAAGUCCAUCUAUGAUAUGAUGGGCAGGCACACCUCUCCUUGUGUCAAAGACGAUGCUGCAUUUGAACACGUGGAGAAAUUCUUCCAGAAAAUGGACCGCAACCGAGACGGAGUUGUAACCAUUGAUGAGUUCAUAGAGGCCUGUCAGAAGGACGAGAACAUUAUGAGCUCCAUGCAGCUGUUUGAGAAUGUCAUCUAGAGCGCAGCAUGAAGUGCAAAAUGAUCCUUGCUCUUUUUCCAGCAACGUUCCAUUAGUCCUCAAGCGCUCCACAGGGACUCUCUAGAAACACUUCUGUUUUGUACCUAGGCCUUGCACAUCAUCUGUAGCAUGUGAAUGAACAUUUUGAUUGAUUGUAUUGAAUGCUAUAACAGGAUGUGGGCCGCCUGCGAGUGUGCCAUUAUUGUAUGUCUCAAUUUAAUCUUAAGUAUUCAAGACAGGUUGUAAAUGCCUGUUUGUAUAUAUGUAGAUAUAUAUGUGCCCUUAAACUGGUUGAUUGCUGCCUAAAUCAAUGAAUUUUUGCAUGUUUGUCUGCUAUUUGUCUGGCCCAUUGUUAUUUUAUACAGAGAAAUAAAGGUAUCUGUGAAUGACUC